AUGACUACUUCAACGAACGCAGCCAUGUCGCAGAGGGAUGUGCGUGCCGCUGCGCUGCUCGAGCAGGGGCGCAAGCAGAAGGCAGAGCUCGAUCGCAUGGUCAAAGCAGCCUUUGCACACUCUACUUCUUCGUCGUCCACAUCCAGUGCCACUUCCCGAGCUGGUAGAAUGCACCCAAAGGAACCGAGCACCAAGCUGUUGGACACAGAGAUCGACUUUGCCCGAAGAAACCUUCGCAAUACCUGGCUCAACCUUCUCUUUACCUGCACCUUCACCCGCGAGGCGCAGGCCGUUGACGGCUACAUCUGGAACGACACUUCGUACAGUCUCAUCUAUGCCUAUCGCUCGCACAUCUCGGCCGCGCAGAAAUCUGUCGAUCCUGCGAUGCAAGCACCAGGUCGACGCGGGAAACCGGCGCAGGAUGCAGCACGCGUCAAGCUCGAGUAUCGCAAGUUUUUGGUCGAAGAGGAGCUGUUUUGGCAAGAACUGGUGGGCAGGCUUGUUCGACUCUUCUCGCUCGACGAAGCGCGCUCCAAUCUCGAGGUGCUUGGUAUCGAUGCCGACGCCGACAAUGAUCAGGACUCGUCGAUUUCCUCGUCGUUGCCUCCGGACUCGUAUGCAUCGCGAGCGACCCGUCAGAACAACGCGCCAGACGAGAACCUGUCUCAAGCGGCGCUGCUGCCAGCCAAGCGCAUCCACCUCAUGACGCUGCUUCACAAGUUUCUCAUCUUUUGCGGCGAUCUGGCCAGGUACCGCGAAAUGUCGUCGCAAGACCACGAGACCGAUGCCUCCGGCGGCAAAAAGAGCAAGAGCUUGGCAAAAGCCGACUUCAGCCGUGCGGUCGCUUUUUACGAGCAGGCGCGCCUCAUCUUGCCUGAUCAGGGCAAUCCAUCCAACCAGCUUGCCGUGGUAUCGCUCUACAACGGCGACACUUUUGCCACGCUCUACUAUUACUAUCGAGCGUUGUGCGUCAAGACGCCAUUCGCGAAAGCCAAGGUCAAUCUCGAAAAGCUUCUGGCCAAGCCCACUUCCCUCUAUCUCGAAGAAGCUUCCCGAGCGGCCGGUGGUAGCCUGCCUGUGUGGGACGCAGCCCGAGACAGGCAAGCGCGCGAUGCCCAACUGGUCGCGAGGCUCUCCAACAACGUAGACGAGGCUCAGCAGUGGACGGAAGCGUGGAUUCAGCAAAUCAUCACCUUGCACGGUCUCUUCUACCGACGUAGCCAUCUCGUACACAUCAUGUAUCUGUCUCGCUCGGUACUGGCCACCUUUUCCACUCUGCUGCGCGCACGGGCUCUACGCGCAGAUCAAAUCGUGCAAUUCCUCGUUACGGCUCUUUGUGCGUCUUGGACGACACGGCUUUGGCGUGGUGCUCCGACACCGUCCUCCAAAGAAUCGCCGCGACCGUCUUCAGGCGGCUCGGAAGACCGACACCGGCCCCGGGCAGUUCGCAGCGAGCGCUCGUCCAGGAAGCGCGCUUCAUCGCCCGAGACGGGCCGCUGCGUCGAGUUUCAGGUGACAGCACACGUGCUCGGUGUCUUCCGCGAGCUGGCUGCCGUCGACACAGCCGAGACUCGGGAGGCGUUCGAAGCCAACAAGGAGCUGGCAGCAGCGCUUGCACAGGCAGAUGGACAGUCGGCUCCGAUUCGCAACCUGACCGCGGUGGUACGAAGAACGCUGCCAGCGCUGCGAAUUGUAACCAAGUGGACCAAGACACACCUCGAGUACCUGCAGCGUAUCGAGAAGCGAGCGCGCGACGCCAUGCAGCAGUACGGUGAGACGGACCCCGUGGUGGUGCGCUCGGAUAUGGAAGUGCGCCCCGAGUCGGAACGUCCAGAUGCUCAUCUCGCCGCGUAUGCAGACACGCUUGAAUCGAUCGAUCGGGCUUGGUCGCAGUAUGUGGAUCUGAUCAACAGCCUUCGCUAUGCUUUUCCGUUCGACUCGCUGCCCAACAUUGGCAAGGUGGGCUCAGUAGGUGCGCCGGCACUCUGCCUGGAAGAAGAUUCGGACAUGCGAGGUUUUGCACCCACGCGCAAGGCUACACAGUCGACAAUCCCGGGUGGCACCACCAUUACGCUUGGAAUGGGCGAGGCAUGUGCCAAUGUGGAGGCGGUGAGACCGAGCCAAGUGCAUCCGAACGAGGAGCAGCUGAUGCGCAUUGCGGAUCUUAUGAUCGAUGCCAAGGUGAUCGCCGAGUCGGACGCGAGCCCAAUUCAUUUCGAUGAUACCAACAACACGUUCGUGUUCGAGCGGAAGAGGGAAAUUGCGAGUGCAAGCCAUGGCUCCAUCGCUAGUGCGGCGGCUGCUGGGGCGGCAGCGGCAGCAGCGGCAGCAGCAGCGAGACAGACUGUCAGACCAGCACCGAUCGAAGACGCGGCAAAGACAGGCACGCGCGGCGCGCCACAGGCCGACGCGUUCAAGCAAGUUGGGGGCGCCAAUGUCGAUUCGGUGGAGGAGUCGAUGCGCGAUGUUCAGGUGCGCGACAAUGGCGUUUCGGCAGGAGGCGACGCCAACAAGACUGCAGAGCAGCUCCUGGUUCCAUCGCAGGUCAAGCCGAAGGCAUUCCAGAACAAGGACGACCUGGCUCGUCAACUGUUUGCCGCUUAUCCGCUCACAACCCAAUCUGCGUCCGGGGCAGGGUCGAGUCAGAUGGCACCUUCGAGCUCCAACUCUUCUGGCUCGGCGCACAGUGCGGCAAAUCCGCAGGAUGCUCUAUUGCAGAUGCUGUCGUCUCAAGUGGGGGCUGCUGGGCAAGGAAGGGUAGAUCCAGCAAACAACUUGCUCGGUGGCGGUGCGGGUGGCCAUCACGCCAAUCUGUUGCUUUCGAAUGGUGCGCCCAUCAGCUCUAUCUGGGCACCGAGCAGUUCAGAUAUGGGAGGCCUGCCCCCGCACCUUCAGACAUACGCUGGUAGGAUGGACGAUGGCACCGCCGAGCUGUACCAGCGCCAGCUGCAGCAGCAGCAGCAUCUGGGGUACCAGCAACAGUCGUCAUGGCCGAAUGCGGGCUAUCUGCAUCAGCAAUACGGUGCUUUCCCUCACCAAGGCGGGCCCGCAGAGUCGUACGGCAACACGACGCCAGAUCCGUUCAACCCUCACGGAUUCGGCGGCGCUCAUUUGCAUUCGUUUCAUGUCCAGCAGCAACGGCAGCAGCAGCAGCAGCAGCAGCGUAGGACGCCUCAGCCAGGCAACGUGCAUGGCGAUCGACUCGAUUUUGGAAACGGGCAAGACCCGUACUAUCCAGGGCCGAGUGGAGCGGGGGCUUCGCAUUCGCCUCGGUUCUCGUGA